AUGACCACAAGAAGCGAUUCAUCACCGAUGAAGAUUUCUUUCGCAUCGAUGGAGUUCUUCAUUCUCAUGAUAAUUUCUGUCGUCACUCUCUCUUCUGCUUUCGACGAAAGGCUCCCAAGAAACGAUAAUCAUGCAGGUAGUUACGAAUAUACCUAUCAAGGUGGAGCAACAAGCUCAAGUGAAGUACCAGUUACUUCUGAUCGCUAUGGAUUAGAUUUCUUCGGCGAAAAACGUUUAAGCGAUGAUCCCCUUAUGAAAUAUUCAGUUAUCACGAAAGAAGCGGUAGACGAAAUGGAAAAUGCAAAUGCACCUUUUGACCAUUUGCCAUCAGAUGUUUCUCAUCUGGCUACAGCACUUCCUGAGAAUUCAAGAUAUCAUGCUUUUAACCAAGAAAUUUUUCCAUCUGACGAGACGACAACUUCGAACAAAGAAAAUAUUUCUUUAACAAUUAAAGCAAAUAAAAGAAUGAACGAUAAAAAACAGUACAAUCGUAAAUUCAAGUAUGAUCCAGCGCUUAUACUUAUGGGACUUGGAAAGCGAACAAAACAAUCGGACAAACCAUCAGAUCAUCAAGAACUUGGCAAACUUGAUUCCUCAUAUGACCCAACUUUAAUGGAUACGAAAUUAGGUAAAAGAGGGUACAAUUACGAUCCAGCUCUCAAAUACAUGGGGUUGGGCAAAAGAGAUUUUGCCUAUGAUCCAGCUUUUAAAUACAUGGGAUUAGGCAAAAGAGACUUCAACUACGAUCCAGCUCUCAAGUACAUGGGAUUAGGGAAAAAAAGUUUUAACUAUGAUCCAGCUCUCAAAUAUAUGGGAUUAGGCAAAAGAGGUUUCAGUUACGAUCCUGCUCUUAAGUACAUGGGGUUAGGUAAAAGAGGGUUCAGUUAUGAUCCUGCUCUUAAGUACAUGGGGUUAGGUAAAAGAGGGUUCAGUUAUGAUCCUGCUCUUAAGUAUAUGGGGUUAGGUAAAAGACAGUCUAGCUAUGAUCCGGCUCUUAAAUACAUGGGACUAGGUAAAAGACAGUCUAGCUAUGAUCCUGCUCUUAAGUACAUGGGGUUAGGUAAAAGACAGUCUAGCUAUGAUCCGGCGCUUAAAUACAUGGGACUAGGUAAAAGACAGUCUAGCUAUGAUCCUGCUCUUAAGUACAUGGGGUUAGGUAAAAGAGGAUACAUCUAUGAUCCUGCUCUUAAAUACAUGGGAUUAGGCAAAAGAGACUUUAGGUAUGAUCCAGCUCUCAAAUACAUGGGCCUGGGUAAACGAGAAAUAAACAAUGAUCCUUCACUGAUUACCACUGAAAAUGAAAAUUUGAGAUCAGAAGAACCAGAACAUAUAAUACUGAAUAAUAAUCAUACAAGUAUUAAUGAAUCAUUAAAAAGGAGCUUUAAGUAUGACCCAGCUAUUACAUAUAUGGGGUUAGGAAAAAGGCAAUUUAGUUACGACCCAGCCUUGAGAUAUAUGGGGUUAGGAAAGAGAGAAUUUAGUUACGACCCUGCACUGAAAUAUAUGGGGUUAGGAAAAAGAGAAUUUAGUUACGACCCUGCCAUGAAAUAUCCGGGAUUAGAGAAACAAGACUAUUAUGACGAUUCCCCUUCCAAAGGCACAAACAUUAAUAAGCGACCCUAUAAAUUCGACCCUGCCCUGAAAUACAUGGGGUUAGGUAAACGAGACUUUUAUGACGAUUCCCCUUCCAAAGGUACAGGUAUUAAUAAGCUACCCUCUAAAUUCAACCCUGCACUUAAAUUUAUAGGUUUAGGAAAGCGUCCUGAAAAGAUAGGAAAAGAAACUCUUGGAAAACGACCAUUCAAAUUCGACCCAGCGUUAAAAUUUAUGGGACUUGGGAGCGAAAUGAGGUUCGAUAAAUGGAAGCCAAACCCAUGCCCUUUUAUGACGAUACGUUUUGACUAA